AGCACAGGACCUUCUGAUUGCCUCCUGACGCUGCUCCUACCUAGCAAGGUAGUGACUCUGACACCAAUAUCACGACAAACUUUCCUGGGGGCCACCUCCUUGAUUCUACUGUUUAUGGUAUUGGAAAGUUAUUGGACUUCGAAAGCUUAUAGGAAGGCCCGACACACGAAGCAGGCCCAAUAGAACACCUGCAUUCCGAGGAGGUUAGAUAUCUCCUCUACAGUCCUCAGCUGUUGCGAAAGUAACAGCAACAACUUGUUCCCAUGGUUCUCUACAGCGCAGUUCUGCAGCAAUCAUGAUGCUGGAUGACCAACCUAUGCGAGCGAGCCUCCAAGUGGCGCCUCUCACUAUCAAUAAAAGCCGGUCCGAAAAUGCAGCCAAGGAUUCGGAUGAUGGGAGUGAGUCGGCGGCAUCCACAAACCCAUACUCUCAAUCCCAAAUAACUCCGCCCUCAACUCCCAAUGAUUCGCAGGAAGAAUUAAUCCCCCAACCGACGCCAUCAAAUCCUAUCUUCCACAACUUCCUGCGAGCUUUCUACCCGUUUCAUCCGACAUAUGCUAUGACUGAUUCGACUGUUACGUUACCGCUGAAUGAAGGAGAUGUAGUCCUGGUUCAUUCGAUCCACACCAAUGGAUGGGCUGACGGGACUUUACUUGUAUCCGGCGCGAGAGGUUGGCUACCGACGAAUUACUGCGAAGCAUACGACCCCGACGAGAUGAGGAACUUAUUGAAGGCGCUCUUGAAUUUCUGGGAUCUACUAAGAAGCACGGCAACGAAUGACCGGGACAUCUUUGGUAACCAGGAAUUCAUGAAGGGCAUUAUUGCGGGCGUGCGCUAUCUUUUGGAACGCACGCAUUGUUUAACUCGUGAGUCAGCUACAAUACAGAGAAGUGAAAGCCUGCGACGAGGCAGAAAAUCACUGCUUUCCGAACUCUCAUCUUUGGUGAAGACUGCGAAGAGGCUGCAGGAAACAUUAAGAGGGCUAACGCAAUCUACCGACGAUGUUAACGACAUCAUCGACGAGAUGAUCCUGAAAGCUUUCAAGAUCGUCGUGAAGGGAGUUCGAUUUCUCGACCUAAUUGAAGAAGAUAGGCAGUUACGCGCGCCGGCAGUGACAGUAAUGGCAACUGUUGUCGAGGAAUCGUUUGUUCCACCAACGCCACCUUUGGAGUCGACGGCAUUCGAGAACGGCCAAGGGGACGACCAAGCUGCAUCUUCCCGGGCGGACAUCGAAGCGGGAUCCACCAAAGGGCUAGCACCACCAGUUACCGAGGGCGUACAAACAAGUGAAUCAGCCAAUAAGCGUUUGUCACGCGUUUACUCGUCUGGUAACGCAGCGAAUAAUCGGAUGUCUCAGAUAAAUCCGCUACAGGGGAAUCGAUUAUCGGCUAGUAUAUCACACAGGGUGUCUCUAGCCGGUCCUUCGCCAUUGUCGCAGUCGCAGAAGCUUGUUUCGGAGCGGCUUAACUCCUGUCACGAUACUUUCUUGUCGCACCUUGGAUCCUUCAUUGGCCGGCUACACGUCCAAUCGCAAUCUCGACCGGAACUUGCUCUCGCCAUCAAGCAUUCGGUCAUCUCUGGUGGCCAACUCUUUGCAGUGAUCGACGCAAUAUGCGACCACAACACGUCUGUUUCGGAGACGUUAGGACAGUCACGCGUUGCCAUGUACGACCGCAUUAGAGAUUUGGUAUACUCAGCGCGUGAAAUUUUAGGUAACAGAGGACCUGACGGUGAUGACUUAAUUGUUCCGCAGGACAACAGCAGGCUUCUUCUUGCUGCUACCGGAUGUGUCAAGGCGGCUGGUGAAUGUGUCGCAAAGACCAAAUGGGUUUUGGAGCGGAUUGGAGAUUUCGAAUUUGAGGUUGAGAAUGGAAAUCUGGACAUUGACCUAGGCAUUUUUGAAGCUGUGUCCGAAAGCAGGCCUCGCACGCCAGCUGAGUCAACAAUUUCGGAAUCAAGGACGUCUGAACCAUCGCCAAGGCCUACCCAUUCUGUUCAUUCUUCUAUGGAUAAACCUCUUCCCGAUGUACCGGUUAAUGACUUGACACGGGACCAGCCGAGCGCUGAACAACACGCCUCCCCCCCGACAUCCAGGCCUCAUUCUAUGACUACAGAUGAUGCGGCCUCAAGCAUGGCAUCUUCUGUGUCCUCCCUUCGGCCUUCGCUCCCGGCGCUUCCGAGACUCACAACUUCUCUUUCUGUGGACGAACCGUACAGCCCGGCGACAGAGACUUCACAUGAUGGCGAAUAUCAUACUUCAUUUCGGUCCGACACAGGUACCGCCUCUAGUUCCGGGAGCAACAGUACCUAUCUUAGCCGUGAUUCAGAAGCUAGCAUGGUCUCUGAUACCUCAACACGUGCCACUACACCUGAUCAUACACUUGUACCCAAAACACAACCCUCCCUAUCGGAUAUGAGCACCACGGCGAGCUCUAGCGUAAGCGAGGAGGUUGACGAGUUAGAGUCAAAAUUGUUAGAGAAGACGUUCGCCCACGAGCUGAUGUUUAAUAAGGAAGGCCAAGUUACCGGCGGUUCACUGCCUGCUUUGGUAGAGCGACUCACGACUCAUGAAGCGACACCAGACGCCAUGUUCGUUUCCGCUUUCUACCUCACGUUUAGGCUAUUCUGCACGCCCACUAGGCUAACUGAAACUCUUAUUGAACGUUUCGAUUACGUGGGCGAAAAUCCUAGUACGGCAAGCCCGGUAAGAUUACGUGUCUACAACGUCUUGAAAGGAUGGUUAGAAUCGCAUUGGCGCGAUUCAACUGAUCGCGAAGCGCUUCCGCUUAUUCAACACUUUGCCGAAUCUAAGCUCGGACCUCUUCUUCCUUCUGCAGGCAAACGCAUCACAGAACUUUCGCAACGAGUCUCUACUACGGACGGUUCGCUUGUCCCUCGUCUAGUAUCUUCUAUGGGAAAGACGAGUACAUCGAUCUCUCAGUACGUGCCUGUCGAUACGCCGUUGCCAAAUCCUAUUUUAUCCAAGAGCCAGCAUGGCUUACUCAAUAACUGGAAGUCGGGAGGCAGCUGCCCCUCGUUCCUUGACUUUGAACCCCUUGAGAUCGCGCGCCAACUAACUCUCAAGCAAAUGAGCAUAUUCUGCUCAAUCAUGCCAGAAGAGCUGUUGGGUUCGCAAUGGAUGAAGAAGAACGGUGCUUCCUCGCCCAAUGUGAAGGCAAUGUCGAGCUUUUCAACUGACUUAUCUAACCUCGUGGCCGAUACUAUCCUUCAGUACCCGGAAGUUAAAAAGCGGGCAGUGGUCAUCAAGCAGUGGAUCAAGAUCGCUCACCAAUGCCUAGAGCUGAACAACUAUGAUGGCCUCAUGUCUAUCGUAUGCAGUCUAAAUAAUUCGAUCAUUAGCCGCUUGCGAAAGACGUGGGACCUCGUGAGCCCGAAACGCCGGGAAAUGUUGAAAUCCUUACAAGCCAUCGUCGAACCAGCCAACAAUAACAAGGUGCUUCGAGCUCGCCUUCAGAGCCACGUUCCCCCGUGUCUACCGUUCCUUGGCAUGUUCCUAACUGAUCUAACAUUUGUUGAUAUUGGCAACCCGCCCACGAAGCAACUACCUAGUGCUGGCGCAAAUGAUGCUGGCUUGACGGUGAUUAACUUUGACAAGCACACUCGGACUGCUAAGAUUAUCGGGGAACUUCAGCGAUUCCAGAUCCCUUAUAGGCUCACAGAAGUUCCUGACAUGCAGGAAUGGAUUCAAACACAAGUAACCCGAGUUAAAGAAAUGGAUCAGGGCAAUGUUCAAGUCAGCUACUACCGGAAGAGUCUGUUACUUGAACCUCGAGAGAGCCUCCUUAAGACCCCGAUUGAUGGCGCGGCUACUACGCCAUCUGGUCAGAAAGCUGACUUAUUCGGCUGGAUGUCAAGAGAUCGUCACCAUAACAACACCGUUUCCACCUAAUACCCUACACUCAAAUUCCUGUUGUGACAGUAGAUCUACAGUUAUUGCCAUUACCUUCUCACCUUUCUCCGCCACUUUUUACUACUAUCCUCUUAACUCCUCAUUUCAUCUCAUCUAUUGAUACCCCUGUCGUUUAUUGUUUUGUUAUUCGGUUAUGAAGCAUUUGGGGGGAUUUUGGACGGUUGGUCCAUCGGUUUACACAUCAUUUAACGAUCCAUACUGGUCACUGGCG